UCUCAAGAAACGAAACUCGAGAACUCGAGACUGGUUAUACGAAAUUCUUAGAAAACAAUCAUAGGUAACAUUUUAAUUAUAUGUAAUCCUGAGCAGAUAUAAUUGAAGUGAGAUUUCUUUGAGUGUUCAUGUCGUAAAAAGAGCUAGAAGUUGUACAGGAGAAUUAAAAUCGGUGAUCAGUAUUGUAGAAUGACGAGGAAAGGAAAGAGAAAACGAAAAGGACAGCAAGCUUUAGGAGUGAACGAUGACUGGCAGACUAGAAGAUCUCUAGCACAAACCAACUUGUUCAUGCUAGAAAACAAGGUGGCCUGUGACGUCACGUUCCGCGUUGGUCAAACAAGGGAGACAAUUCAAGCUCACAAGUUCAUGCUGAUCAGCCGGAGUCACGUGUUUGCCACCAUGUUUAAUGGUCCAAUGGCUGAAACGGGCGAGGUGGAUAUCCCGGAUGUCGAUGCCAAUGUUUUCAAUCUGUUUCUCAGGUUUCUAUACACGGAUGACGUCACAAUCGACUCGGAUAACGUCAUGCAUCUGCUGUACCUGGCCAAAAAGUACAGCGCAGGAAAGCUGGAAGAUAAGUGUCUUGGGUUUUUAGAAAUAUCAUUAACGGCUGAAAACGUCUGGACUAUUCUGGAACAAGCCAAGUUCUUUAACGAAGAUAAUCUACAUGACAAGUGUAUGACGUAUAUCUUGGAAAACGGAACGUCGGCCAUGGAGUCACCUCAUUUUCUGACCUUAUCACAGGAGACCGUACUGGAUGUUGUGAAGUCUGAUGAACUCCAAGCAGACGAGAAAGAAGUAUUCCAGGCUGCCUUUGAGUGGGCCAAGCACCAGUGUGAGAAGAAACACAUGGCCAUCAAUACGGAGACUUUACGAACCCAACUUGGGGACAUCGUCCAGCAAAUCCGCUUCCCUCUUCUGGACAGAGGGUUCUUUGUUCUGAUAGUUCACCCUAGCGGCAUGCUGACGGAUAAAGAACAGUUGAUAGUCACAGUGUCGUAAAAGGAGAUCUCGGAAUGACGUCAGGAGGAGGAGUAAACGAUGAUUGGCAGACUCGAAAAUCUCUAGCACAAACCAACCUGUACAUGCUACAAAACAAGGUGGCCUGUGACGUCACGUUCCGCGUUGGCCCAACAAGGGAGAUAAUUGAAGCUCACAAGUUCAUGCUGAUCAGCCGCAGUCACGUGUUUGCCGCCAUAUUUACUGGUCCAAUGGCUGAAAUGGGCCAGGUGGAUAUCCCGGAUGUUCCCGUCAACAUUUUCAAUCUGUUUCUCGGGUUUGUGUACACGGAUGACGUCACAUUGAGCUCUGAUAACGUCAUGCAUCUGCUGUACCUGGCCAAAAAGUACAGCACAGGAAAGCUGGAAGAUGUGUGCCUUGCGUGUGGUAUUGGCGUAUUACUCUUUACUGUAUAGACUUGUUGUACGAUACCAGAGGAACUGUUGGUAUCAAUGAACUGUAGACUUAAUAAAAAACGCGUGUUGUGUGUAUUAUUUACUUAUUACUCUUAAAUGUAUAAAUAUGUUAUAUGACACCAGAGGAACUGUUUGUAUCAGUGAACUGUAGACUAAAUAAUAUAAACUUGAGUUGUGUGUAGUAUUGGCGUAUUACUGCCAAAUCAAAUCCCACAGACGAAAAUAGUAACAUGUGGCUCCACUCUUGCUGACUGCUUGGAUACAAAACAUUGAACACCUUUAUAAUUGUAGUAUAAGUAUUAUCCUCGUUAUACAGCGCAUAGUAUAUCCCUGCUAUUCAAAAACUUAUCUUUCUAACUUGAACUGGACCCAAAACGAAUAUUGUCUUGUUUAACGACGCCACUAGAACACAUUGAUUUAUUAAUCAUCAGCUAUUAGAUGUCAAACAUUUGGUAAUUUUGACAUUAGUCGCAGAGAGGAAACCCGAUACAUUUUUCCAUUA